AUGGAAGGCCAAGUAGAUCGCCUGGUAAACAAGACAUGGGACAAGCUUCAGACGACACCCCGAAGCAAGCGCCUCAUGAUCGCCGUUAGCGGUAUCCCAGGCUCAGGAAAGACCACACUUGCUGCGAGAGUCGCGCAAAGGAUCAAUGACCGCUGGCAUGGCGAAAAUCCUGGCAUGCCCACCAAACCUGGCAUCGCAACCUUUUUACCCAUGGACGGCUAUCACUUGACUCGGGCGCAACUAUCUGCAAUGCCGGAUCCAAAUACUGCGCAUGCCAGGAGAGGAGCUGCGUUCACCUUCAAUGCUGCUGCCUUUCUUAAACUAGUGAAGAAGAUUCAUCAGCCACUGUGUCCGGAGACUGGGACAAUAUAUGCUCCCAGCUUCGACCAUCACACCAAGGAUCCAGUCGCAGACGAUAUACCCAUUGCAGCAAUGUCUCGUGUCAUCGUAUUUGAGGGAAAUUAUCUCUCACUAGGUACGGGCGCACCAGAAUGGAAGGAAGCUGCCGAGCUCAUGGACGAGCUGUGGUUCGUGGAUGUAAAGGAAGAUGUGGCGAGGCAGAGGCUGAUAGCUCGACAUGUUGAGAGUGGCAUUGCCGCCGAUGCUGAGGCAGCAACAAGAAGGGCAGACGAGAACGAUCUUAUCAACGGCAGGCAAAUAGUGGAGGGCAGGCUGGACGUGCAUGAAAUGAUCGUAAGCAGAGAUGAUCAGGAGUGGAGUCCAGAGAAGCAGAGCAUAGAUAAGGAACAUGAUAGCUAG